AAUCAAAUUUAAUCGAUUCAAACUCGUAUAUUCCACUGUAACCCAACAAUGCACACCAUUGCUAGCUCCUGUACUAAAGAAAAUAAAGAAGGAAAAUCACCCCAGUAGCAUUUGGGUUCCGGUCGAGUGAUCGAGUCCAGUCUCUUGGAAGGGAAGAGAAAGGUAGAUACGUGACGAUGGCUGCACCAGCUUCGAUUCAAAAGACUGAGGAAGAGUGGCGGGCUAUUCUCUCUCCCGAGCAAUUUCCUAUUCUCCGGGAGAAAGGAACUGAAUUGAAAUUCACAGGAGAAUACGAUAAGUUCUUUGGUGAAGGAGUGUGCAAUUGUGCUGGUUGUGGGACACCACUCUACAAAUCAGCUGCCAAAUUUGACUCUGGUUGUGGUUGGCCUAAUGUCUAUGAAGGUCUUCCUGGAGCUAUAAAUGGUACCCCAGACCCAGAUGGGAGGAGAACUGAGAUUACAUGUGCAGCUUGUGGGGGGCACUUGGGUCAUGUUUUCAAAGGUGAAGGGUUCAAGACUCCUACAGAUGAACGUCACUGUGUCAACAGCAUCUCAAUCAAGUUUAUUCCUGCAAAUUAAUUCUCUACAUGAAGAUAUUAAAGGUUGUCCUUAUGCAAGGACAAAUUCUGUUCCUACUGGUUUAUUUAAAGAGUAGCUGCCACCUGCUAUGAGCAGUAGCCUAUCAAGUAAAAAGUGAUGAAUAAUCCCUAAUAAAAUAAUUCUGAUUGAAAUGCUGAUACAUGUCUAUGUUUCUUCUUCCAUUGUAAAUUCGUAUUUGUAAUA